GGAACGACUGAAAUUCUUUAUACUCAAAAUCCCUUUUCUUUUCUUCUCUUAGCUCAUCCCUACUUUCACGUACCAUACCUGCAAAUCUUGGACUCUUCCAGCAAACAAUAGAAUUCGUUCCGGAAUUAAGCGCCUACUAAGGAUAGAUGCAAGUCAGAGUCAGAUAAAGAAAUAAGUGUCUUUAAACAAUCCUUAUUAAAAAUGUAUAAUAAUCAGAAAUACCUAUAUAGAUAUUAAUAGCUUGAAUUUAAUUUAGCUUAAAAUAGCUAAUUACUGAAUUACACUUGAAGAUUGUUUAGAAAUUUAUUCUUAAAAUUAGCUCCUUUACAAGAGAGAAGAAAAAUUUUCAUUGGUUGAUGAUUCAUUUCUUGCGCAAGUUUUAGUCUCGCUUUCUUUUUUAGUAUACUUGGCACAUGACAGCUAUAAACGAAUCAUUUAGUGGAUGUAAACAAGGAAAACGAGUGUGUGUAUAGCUAAGUAAUCUGUCUAAUUAUCUGGUAAUUUUUGGGUUGCAGUGUUCUAUAUUCAUAGCUGUUAUGAAAAAUCAUUCUUGUUAACGAAUCUUGCUAACUAAUUUUACCUGAGGCUGACAACUUAUACUUGAUUACAAAGCAACUUAUGAAAAUGAGUUAUUUGAGAAGUUCUGCCAAUUAUAUUUGGAGCACAACAUUUGCAUUAGGGAAGGGUGCAACAGGCUCAGUUUAUCAAGGAGUACAUAAGAAAACUGGUGAAUCUGUAGCUGUAAAAACAUUUAAUCAUACAAGCCAUUUUCGACCAUUAGAAGUUCAAAUGCGAGAAUUUGAAGUUAUGAAAAAGUUAUCUCAUGAGAAUAUUGUUAAAAUGGUCGCUAUUGAAGAAGAGCUGGAAAGCCAGAAAAAGGUACUAGUAAUGGAAUUGUGCAAUGCUGGCAGUCUUUUUACCAUACUAGAUGAUCCUCAAAAUAGCUGUGGCCUUGAGGAGGAAGAAUUUCUUUGUGUCUUAAAGGAUAUGUCUGCUGGUAUGAAAUAUUUGAGAGAUAACAGUAUUAUACACAGAGAUUUAAAACCCGGAAAUAUUAUGAAAUUUAUCUCUGAGGAUGGAAGAUCAAUUUACAAGUUAACUGAUUUUGGUGCUGCUAGAGAACUUGAUGAUGAUCAGCAGUUUAUGUCUUUAUAUGGCACUGAAGAAUAUUUGCAUCCUGACAUGUAUGAAAGAGCAGUUCUUCGCCAUCCUGCCAACAAACCGUUUCGAGCUACAGUUGAUCUCUGGAGUAUUGGUGUUACUUUGUACCAUGUUGCUACUGGAUCUCUUCCAUUUAGACCUUUUGGUGGGAGAAAAAAUAAGGAAACUAUGCAUUUUAUUAUAACUAAUAAGGCAUCAGGUGUCAUAUCUGGGGUUCAGCACAGUGAGAGAGGACCUAUUGAAUGGAGUAAAGAACUUCCCAAAACAUGUCUUUUGAAUCAGGGAUUGAGAGAAUUAGUAACAGUUCUUCUUGCAGGAAUACUAGAAUGCAAUAAUGAGAAGAUGUGGACAUUUGAACAGUUUUUUGAAUGUGCCACUGAUGUUGUAACAAGAAAGGUUUUUCAUGUCUUCUAUAUGAAUGAUGGGAAAGAAAUUAGCUUGUAUAUGCAACCUAACAAAAUGUUCCAGGAUUUGAAAGAGCAAAUAACUACACAAACUAAAGUGCCAGUUGUGAACCAGUUAUUGUUAUUUGAUAAAUCUUUGUUAGAAACCCAGAUUGAUUUAUCAGCUCAAGUUUCAUCAUUUCCUGCUACUGCAUAUACACAACCAAUUAUACUGGUCCAUUUAGAAAAAACAGAUGUAAAGGAUUUACCCCGACUCAAUUCGUCAUCAACAUGCUUUCCUAUGUUUCCUAAUUCUUCUGUGAGUCCAGAUCAUGAUGCAGCAUUAGCAAAAACAUGUUGCAGUGUGGCUCAUGCAGUUAAGCGCUCAGUUGUCAAGUUAGUAAGAUGUAGAGAAUUGUUGUUGAAGACACCUUUAAUUCUUUUAUCUCUAGCAAAUGAUAGCGUGGUAAAAUUGUGUUCUAGUUCUGAUGUGCUGAAGCAGAAAUCUGAAGAUGUGUAUUACAGAUGUGAUCAACUGGAAAAAAUUUCUUCAGUUGUGUCUCAGUAUUUACUUUUGUGGUCCAAACAACAUGGCUGUGAAAAUGAGCUACAAAGGUUACAUCAGCUUGUAUUAGACAAAAAACAGCUAAAGGAACAAGUUAAGCAGAAAGUCAUACCUCUUCAGUCAGCUAUUCAUAUGCUGAAACAGAAAGUGCUUUUAUCAAAACGUCUACAAACAGAAUGGGAACAAGCAGCUGCAGAAUGCUCAAGUCUUGUUGGCUGUGUUGAGAGAGCCGAUACAUAUGUUAGUAGGAUGCGAGAUAGCUGGCAGUCUUUUGUCAAAGAUAAAAGUAUGAGAGUGCUGUCUUCCCAUGACGAACAGUUUCAUUUCCUGGAAAAGGUAAAAGUACAACAAACAAGCAAAAAACUCUUGGCUCUUUGGCAGGAACAGUGUCUGAAAUCUUGCUUGCAAGCAGCAAACAAAUUAGAUGAGUGGUACAGUGGUAUGCAAGCUACAAUGGUGCAAUGUAGAUGCUUAGAAGAAGAUUUGAAUUCCACUAAUUUGGUGGUUAAAAACUAUUCUUCUUCUGUACAAGAGGCUGAAUCUGAAAUUUUCAAUAUUAGUGAACAAAUAAUAUCAUCUUUGAAAUCAGUAGGAGUAUGUGAAACAGCUGUGAACAAUCAUUCCCAAGAGUUAAAGUCUCAGACAGAAUAUUCAUUGACAAAUCAUGAAUAUCCAAAAAAGAAACCAAAGCAUUCAUCAUAUCGAAAUGUUUUAUCUCAGUUGCAGAAUUUAAAGAAUGAGAAUUCAUCUUUAUGGGAAAUAGCUGCAGAAAAUUCUGCUAUUAUUGAACAGUUCUGUAUGGUAUUGAAAGAUAUGAAGAUUACUGGUAGUGAAGAAAACAGUGGCCAGAUGACAUGAUGAAGUUGAUAAUUAACUCAUUCUCACAUGUGCCUUUAGUUUUCAUUAAUUUGUUUACCUGCAUAAAACUAUUUUUCCAAAAACUGUUUUUUAUGUAAUGUAAAUAUAAUGUUGUAUGAAGUUUUUCAUAUCUAUCUAUGCCUGUAUAGGCAAGAUACAUGGUUAAAAAAUAGUCUACAGAAGUUGGAUUGCUGAUGAUAUGAACAUAAUAUGUGCUCUUCCUGUAUGUUGUGCAGCAAUUUAAAUGUAAUUUUUCCGUUUAGAAAAUGUAAUUGUGUAAUUGCAUCAGGUAACCAAAAUUUGGAUAUGGUUAUAGUUAAAUUUUUACCAUUUUGGUUCUAAUGAAUGUAAUUUAAAAAUUUUAGCUCCUAUAAAGUAAUUAGCAAUUUCAUAAUAUAUAUUAAAACAUGUAAUCUAAAUUUAAUACUUAUGAAAUGUACAAUUACGUUGCAAAAUCCAUUUUGUGAUAAUAAUGCAGUAUUAUCUCGUAUUAUUGCUUUUUUGUCAAUUCUUCAGGAAUAUUAAUUUAGGUAUAUGAUUAAAUUGUAGUUAUAAAAUGUGUCAUUUUACAAACUGAAUUCAAGAAUAAACAUUUAGGUUGUAAAAUUAUGCAUCUUAGCCUAAAGUUUUAUUCUUAAAUAUUUUAGCCUCACCAGUGAUUAAAGACAGAUGAAUAUUGGUAGUUCACUCUGUUUUCCAGUUUAUGCCAACAGGCUGGGGUGCAUGAGUGGUUUUGUCUAUGAGCCAUUUUCACUUAAAAAGUCCUGCACCAUAGGCCUCCCUAAAUAGUCCCUGUGUGCUUUGUCAUAUUCAAAAUAAUAUAACCUUAAAUAUUCUGCUAAUGAAGCUAUAUUUAUUUAUUUAUUUUAUUCUGGAAGUUAUAGCUUACAUACAUUCUGUAUUGAAAUUUGUUGAAAAUAUUUUCAACAAAUAUUUUGAUACUGAAUUGUAUAUAAAGAAAAUGGAAUGGAAGAGUGUGAAAUAAAUAUUAAAUGUUUCGAAGCUGAACAUUCUUUAAAUUCAACCUUUUUUUUUGAGAAACCAAAAGUGAAAUUUGAAAGAUAUAUUGCAUGUCCUUCAUUAUUUAUUAAAGUGGUUUUAUGUAGAUAUUUGAAAAACAAGCAGUAUGUUUUUAUUUUUGUAUCCAU